AUGGCUCUCGCGCAAGCAGCAAACUACGUGGAGAAGCUUGUGGGUCACGACAACAGCGCCGACACCCAGCAAGAUGUAUCGUCAUUCCCUUCCGGCGGCGAGGGCGACACGAUGAAGGCCCUGGUGUGGAUGGGCAAGAAUAAAGUCGAAAUAGUCGACACCCCCAAGCCGAAGCUUGUCGAAGACCGCGAUGUAAUCCUCAAAGUCACGGGCAGCACGGUCUGCGGCUCCGACCUUCACCUCGUCCACGGCGCUAUCAUUGAGAUGAAAAAGGGCGACAUUCUCGGCCACGAGUUUUGCGGCGAGGCGGCCGUCGUGGGUCGCGGCGUGCACAACGUCCAGGUCGGCAAGCGCUACGUCGCGUCGUUCCAGAUUGCGUGCGGCGACUGCUGGUACUGCGAGCGCAAGCUGUCCUCGCAGUGCGCCAAGACCAACUCCAACACGUUGGAGAAAACCAUGUACGGCGGGCAGACGGCGGGCAUGUUUGGCUAUGCCCACUUCACGGGCGGCUUUGCGGGAGGCCAGGCCGAGUACGUGCGUGUGCCGAUGGGAGACGUAAACUUACUCGAGAUUCCCGACGACGUUCCCGAUGAGAAAGCCCUGUUUCUAUCGGACGUCCUCGCGACUUCGUACCACUGCGUCGUCGACACGGGCGUCGAGAAAGGCGACAGCGUCGCCAUCUUUGGCGCCGGCCCCAUCGGCCAAAUGGCGGGCGUCUUUGCACUCGACAAGGGGGCUUCCAAAAUCAUCUUCGUCGACACGGAACCUCGCCUGUCCACCAUCCAGUCCAAGUUUCCCUCUGACAAAAUGGAGCUCAUCGACUACAAGAAGCUGUCCACCGGGCUGACGAGCAAAAACACCGUCGUCACCCGUCUCAAGGAGAUGUGCGGCGAUGGCCGCGGUCCCGACGUGGCGCUCGAGUGCGCGGCAGGCGAGUACGCCAAGGGCUGGCUGCACUGGCUGGAGAUGCAGACGGGCAUGGAGACGGACACGUCGGAGAUUCUCAACGAGAUGAUUGAGAGUGUGCGGUCAUUCGGUCGCUGCGGCGUGACGGGCAUAUACACUGGAUACACAAAUCACUUCAAUAUCGGAUCGCUAAUGGAGCGCGGCAUCCGCCUCAUUGGUAAUGGACAGGCGCCGGUGCAUCUAUACUGGAAGGAACUCCUCGAGGCGAUUCAGAAGGGCAAGCUGGAUCCUCUGCAGAUGGUGUCUCACCGCGUGCGACUGGAAGAUCUGGUCAAGGUUUAUGAUGUGUUUGAGAAGAAGCAGGACGGCAUGCAAAAGGUGUUUGUCGAGACCAAAUUCUCGCAGCCGGCUGCGAAGGGGAGCCCAGCUCUGACCAGGUACUGA